UAAUAUUUUAAUUAAAUUUUAUACUGGUCUGACGAUACCGAGGCAAUAAGAGAGAGAGAGUGUGUGUUUGUUUAGAGAGAGAAAGUUGGGAAAUGGGACAGUUCACCGGAGACUUGGUAUUUUCCGAGCAAUAAGCUGAGGAUCUGAAGCCAAUUUCAGUUCAAUUUCGAAUUUUUCACCGUAAUGGAAGGUGUAUCUCCAGACCGGGAAUCUGUGGAGUCUGGCGCAAAAAAAUCCAGUAUAUCUUCAGGUGGCAGGGUUCAUGAUCGGAAAGAGUUUCUCCAUAGGUUUGUAGAUAGUGAAAGCCUGACCGAAAACCUUAAAACGUGGUAUGAAGAAACAAUAGAAAAUUCAACUCAUAAGGAACCCUCAUUUGAUGUCCCUUUUGAGUUGAUAGAUCUUCAAAAGUUCGAUUAUGCUUUGGGAGGAGUUCCAUUUCAGCAGCUGAUUCGUAUGCCUAGUGCUGUUUAUGCCUCGACUUCUGGUGCUGCGGAAGCAACUGCUUAUCUUGCUCUGGAGGAUUUUUUACAUGCAAGUGUGAAAGGUUUGUGGGAGGCAUUUUGGGGUCAGGAUGAAACUUUGCCUUUCUAUGUUUCUUGUGUCUAUAAUUCAAACCUGAGAUUUUAUCAGGCUGAGAAAGCCAUUUCGAAAGGGAGGCUAGGAGGUCUUUGUGCCACAGCUGUAAUGCUAAAAAACCCAAGGCAUCCACAAGGGAAGUGGGAUGAUAUUCUGGAACUUGCUAUUCUAAGGUCUGAUAUUGGAAACCUUGCUACAGAAGAGAAUGACUGUAAACCUUGUCUCUCAAUUUUAGGCGAAGCUUUAUUCUUUGCUCUAAGAGUAUUGGUUGCAAGAAGCAUCAGCAGAUCCAAUAUUCCUCUCAGUUUGAAUUCAGUUUUUGUUCUUUUAGUUGACACUCAAUAUGGUGGAGUCCUAAAAGUUGAAGGAGAUAUACGCAAGUUGGAAAUGGAUUUGAAUGAUGUAUAUGGUUGUGCUGCUGAAUGGAUAAAGAAUAAUGCUUUAAUUACCAUUUCUCCCAUCGAUAGGAUCUGGAACAAGCUUGGAAAUGCUAAUUGGGGGGAUAUUGGGGCUUUACAGGCACUUUAUGCGACCUUCCACUCAAUCACACAAUAUGCUGGAAUGUCAAAGAAUUCAAUUGAAGAUUUGGCUGCGGACCACAGUGCUCGGCUUCAGGCAAGAAGAAUUGAAAGACAAUUGGGGGAUAGCUGGGUGAAUGGAAAUGGUUUGUUUCGCUACCAGCAGCGUAGUGCUUCACCUGAAAUUGUUGAAGUACAUGAAGAGUCCUUCAGGUUAGAACCUGACAAGUCCAUGAAGCUGGAAAUCGGUUCUGUUGUGCUGAUAGAAGAUUCAAACUGGAAGAAGGAUUAUCAGAUAAAUGAAGUCCUAACAGAUGGAGAAAUUCCAUAUUAUAUUGCAUCUUCUGUCGAAGAUCCUGGUACGACUUCAUUUUUAUAUGUUGGUUCACAUCCUUCUCUGCUGGAACCAGCGUGGGAAGAUAUGAAGCUGUGGUAUCAAGUUCAGAGGCAGACAAAGGUAUUGGGUGUUAUGAAGCAAAAGGAGUUGUCUAGCAAGUAUCUACCUCAGUUGAAUGCAUCUGGGCGGAUAAUUCACCCUGGCCAAUGCAGGAGACCAAGCUCGGGCAGUAACUGUGAUCGUCAAUGGUGUGGAACUCCAGUUUUAGUGACUAGUCCAGUGGGCAGAACAGUUGCUGAUUUGGUGAGACUUGGCCAAUUUGGUUGUGAUGAGGCUAUUAGAUGUUGCCAUGACUGCUUAUCUGCCCUUUCUGCUGCUGCCUCAGCUGGCAUUCGGCACGGCGAUAUCAGACCUGAGAAUGUUAUUUUUGUUAAUUCUGGUGUGAGGCAGCCUUAUUUCGUUCUCAUUGGUUGGGGACAUGCUAUUUUAGAAGAGAGGGAUCGUCCUGCAAUGAAUUUACAUUUCUCCUCUACCUAUGCCCUUCAAGAAGGGAAACUGUGCUCAGCCUCUGAUGCAGAGAGUCUGGUGUACAUGCUUUACUUCUCUUCUGGUAGUAACAUGCCUAAUUUGGAUUCGGUUGAAGGGGCACUGCAGUGGAGAGAAACCUCUUGGUCAAAAAGGUUGAUCCAACAGAAGCUAGGAGAUAUUUCUGCUGUCUUGAAAGCAUUCGCAGAUUAUGUUGACAGCCUCUGUGGAACGCCAUAUCCGAUGAAUUUUGAUAUCUGGCUCACAAGGUUAAAGAGACAUAUUCCCGUGGAAGAUCAUGGAAAGCAGAUUGAUACCUUGAGUUAGAGAUUUUGUUUUCAGCUAUGGAAGCCUUGCAGCCGAAUACUUUGUGGCUCUUGACAGUCUUUCAAGAUCUCCAUGAGUAUAGGAAGAUGGAUCCCUUCAAUUAGUAGGUCCUCAAUGCUGGGCAGGAGUUCACGUAGGCGUCUACCAACUUGAACAGUAAAUCAACCUGUGCUUCCUGCAUCUUUCAGAAACUUGAAGUUUAACAGUUAAUGGCCCCUGGAGCAUGCGGUGCUCAUUAGCUAUCCAGCUUUUGCAUUUGUGAACAGUUACAGAGGUGUUUUUCUUUUUUGCCUUUUGUCAAAUGUGAUUAUUUGUUGUAAAGACAGGAACUUGUUGAGAUUUCCCUGAGUGAGAUAUGUGUGAUUGUUUACUUUACAGACUUUUAGGAGUAGGACACUGUUCAGUAUAUUAUUCCUACAUCUGUACAUGGAAUAUCAAUUUCUGUGCUUCAUGAAUAUUCCUGGUGUAGUUGAAUUAUGUUGCUUACCGAGUAAUUUCUUCGUACGGAAA